AUGUUUUCACUAUUUCACGGCAGAAUUGAUGGUUUAAAUAACCUUCAUGAUUCACGAUUGGAUAUCACUGAUUUGAAGAAGACUCUCAUGACAGAUUUUGAAGAAAAAUUAUCAGAAAAUAAUGACACAUUUGAAAUGAAGAAUUUUUCUAAUCUUGAUAACACUAAAGAAUUGGUCUCCAUUGAGAGAACUUUGUUUAAUAAAUUGAUAAAUAAGUAUAAUAAUUGCAAAAAUGAUCACCAGAAAUUGAAUAAAAGCAGUGAAGAAGAUAAAUUCUUAACUGAAUUAAAGGCUAAAGUCGCUGAAAGUUAUGAAAGACAGACAGAAAAUUCUUCUCCAAACGAAAGAGUAAACUCUGCAAACCCAAAUCUAGAGGAAAAUAAUUUGAGUUCGGAAUCUAUUAGCGACAAUACAAUUCAACCGCCUUUGUCACAAUAUUCAUCUGAUAUUACUGAACUAAACGAUCAACAAAAUAGUAAUUCUGUGGAAGACAAUAGUGGUAAUGGUGAUAUUGAUAAUAAGACUGUAAUUACAAUAGAUACUUCGACUACGGAUGACUUAUAA